AAAAAGAAUAGUGAUCCCUGCUCUAAACACCGUGACGUCACAUGUAAACACACCACCACCACCACCACCGCCUGGCCGGCACGCUGGGAACAAAAAGUCUUAUUUAAGCAAUUAUGUCGGCAGCAAAGCGGGUCCAGCAAUGGGCUACGUUUGGUCGCAUGUGGUACCUGUUUGACGGGAAGUGGCAGAACCCUUUUGCCUCGGCAGAUAAAAUUGUGACGUACCUGGAGGGGACACACAAGCCCAUCUACCACCCCCUGAAUGACAGCGGUGAUCAUGUGGUGGUGAUCAACUCCCGGGACAUUGCACUGCCUGGGGUGGAGUGGGAGAAGAGGGUGUAUUUCCACCACACGGGGUACGCUAAGGGUGCCUCUUGGACACUGGCCUGGCAGUUGCACGAUACUGACCCAACCAUGAUUAUGAGGAAAGCUGUGUACAACCAGAUGAGCAAAAACCUCCUGAGACACGGGAGAAUGGCUCGUCUCCACAUAUUCCCUGAUGAUAAGGUGCCCGACAAGAUUCUGGAGAACAUUUCUGCUCAGAUUCGCCAGCUGCGGCCAGUACCGACGCGCCUUGACCAUUUGCCGGAAGAGGAGGUUGAAAACUUCCCCAAGAUAUUUGACUGGCCCAAGGAGCACAUUAUUAGGUAGUGCUUCAAGAGGGACAAGAAAUUUCCAUACUCUAAUGUUGUAAAUAUGUAGGAACUUUUGCCCCGAGAGACUAAUGGACAGAGAUUGCACUAGUAGGUUGAAAAUGUCCCUUGAAUAUCACAUAUUAUUAUAGUGCUGCAAGGGAGGUAAGAAAUCAAGCAUGUACCUCGCUGAUGUACACAAUUUCUUAACCAUCGUAUCAGUAUUUGUGAAGUUGUGUGGCUUGUUUGGCUUUUUAAUUCCAUUUUGGGGAUGGAGUUGGAUGUAUUUGAUUUUCACAAAGUCGACACACUACAAACUGUUGCAAAAAGUUAUAUAAAAAAUCAACUAAUCCAACUAACCACGCCUUGAAGAAUGGGUAAAGCAGGACUAAUCAUUCCCAUUAUUGCUCAUGACUUAUAUAUUUAGAAAACCAGGCAGUAAUAUCCGGGGCAGUUCUAGGUACAAGCAAUAAAAAACUGUGGGCCCCAUUUCUGUAAGGCCCUGAAAACAUUUUCUAUAGGUUUGUUGAGCCCCCUGAAAGGAAAAAACAGCACUAUUUGAUGAAUCUUAGUGCUGUUACUGGACACUUUGCAGCAAUAGGUUGAAAACAGCCCUUAAAUAUGGCUCAUGUGUGUUUUUGAUCUGUCUAACAUUUACCAAGAUUUUUGUAAAUAAAAUUAUCAAAAGAAA